AUGGCGUGCACCAAGCCUACGCUUGUGCUAGACAUUGACAACACGCUAGUGUAUGGAAGGGCGACGAAGCGGCCGGGGCUGGAUGAAUUCCUGGCCAGAGUAAGCAAGCUCUACGAGAUCGUCAUCUUCACGUCCAGCAACCAGGAGCGCGCGGAUCGGAUCAUCGACCACAUUCUCAAAGUGAGCGUCGCACGCCGGCUCUAUUGCAAUUCCUGCGUCCGGGGCACCAAGCCCCUGGAGAUUCUGGGGCAGGAUUUGAGGAGAGUGGUGGCCAUAGAUGACAAUCCGCUGGCGUUUGCGGGCAAUGAGGAGAAUGGCUUGGCGAUCGUGCCUUUUUCGGAGUGGAGCAUGGAGGAGGAAGAGCGCGAGAGGCAUUUGAUCAAGCUGCUGCCGCUGCUGGAAGGGAUCGCGGGGCUGGAGGAUUUGAGGCCGUCUCUCAAGCAGUGGAAGGAAGGAAAGUUCCAAGGAGAUAUAAUUCCCUUGCUUGAUGAAAACAACCACGACGUAGAAAAAGACUACAUAAAUCUCAUAUGA